AUGCAAACUCACCUCACUCCUACGUAUCAGUUAUCGCCACCCACCAACAUAUCCCCCUCUUCAUCAACUCCUAAUCUCUCCCAACCAAUUCACUCUACACACCAAGGAUCGCCCUCUCCACACACGUCCUACGGUAGCGGCGUCCCGGCACCACUGAGCCGCCCAUCCUUAAGAGACCCAGCCUGGACCCGAAGCACCCCCAAACAAAACUCCCUGCCCCAAAGACUCCACCACCCGGCGGAGCUGCCCGAGGACAUCGCCAAACAAUCAUUACUCCUCGAACAACCUGUAGAGUGCACCGGCCCCAACGCAUCAGCCCAGCACAAGCUCAGAUACUCCCAACCUCCCCCCAAAUCAGCAAAAGACAGGAACCAAUGCCCAAACGCAGGGUACCACCUAGAACCCAAAAAGACCUCACACCAAUAG